UCGGUAAUUAUUAUUUUAGCCACUGGGCCGUGAAGAGACUCCAGGUGCUUGUCUAGGUUUUCUUACACCGCUCUCCGAAGCUAAGCAUUAAUCUUCUAGUAACUAGGGAGUUACUAGAAAUUGUAUGCCAAAUUCUUUAGAAGGCAUGCAGAAAUUCGAAAUAACAAAAACACAGGCAGAAGCAGUUGAUUGAUUACAUCUGCUUUCGGUGUGCCGCCAAUGAAAUGAAAAUCCCCAGAGCUGUUUGAAUGACUACUCCUGACAACCAGAAACACUGCUCAGACGAUCAAGCAGCUACGAAAGAAGCAGCUGUCUGCAGGAAAUUCGCAGGUGGGUUACGACGUGGAGUAUUGUCUAUUACUGGAUACGAUGUAGGACGGGUACUUAAACUGGAAAGUGGGGUUCACCGAGUACAAAGAGUUCCCAAAACUGAAAAAUCUGGAAGGAUUCACACAAGCACUGCUACUGUUGCCGUUCUAGCCUGUCCUCCAGAGGUAGAAGUAAAUAUCGAACCAAGGGAUUUAAUUGUGAAGACGAAGCGCGCAGGAGGACCUGGCGGACAGCAUGUGAAUAAAACCGAAAGCGCUGUUCAGAUACUUCAUGUGCCAACUGGCAUAAUGGUCGAGAGUGACACCGAGCGAUGCCAACAACAAAAUAAGUCAGUAGCAAUGAAGAAACUUCGGGCGAAGAUCUAUGACUUGAAGGUGUCGUCUGAAAUGAAUAAAGUUCAGUCACAGAAAAAACUGCAGGUAGGAAACGCAACACGAUCGGAAAAAAUCCGCACAUAUAAUUUUACACAAGAUCGGAUUACAGACCACCGCCUUCCUUAUACGGUUCGCAAUGUCGAAGAAUUUCUUCAGGGAGGAGCGCCUCUAAAACAAAUAAUAGGUGUCUUGCAGGAAGCCUAUCAAAACGAGCAGAUUUCUUAUUUGAUACGAAAUAAGCUAUACAGUUAAACUAGCUUUUCACUGAGCGUUUAAUAUUAUUAAUAUUGUUAUUAGUAUGGAUCUUAUAAUGCCAAAUAUUACCUAAAAAAACAA